GUAACUCUAUCUCUUCAACCAGUUCAUAUUUUGUAGAGAGAGAAAGAGAUAGAUAUAGAGAGAGAAAUGACGGGGUUGGUAAUGGUGACAAGGGGAGGUGGUGGGUGUGGAAAUGGGAAGAGCAGUUCAAAGGCAGCUGCUGCUGAAAUGGAGAAUGAGCAGCAGUUGUCUUUGGUGGAUUUCCUAUUAGCAGCUCUAAGGAAAUCAAUGGUGUCUUGUCGUGUAGAUCGACAAGAAGAUGUUAUUUCUGCUGUUCAUCAAAUGGAAAUAGGAUGGCCCACCAAUGUCCAGCAUCUCACUCAUGUCACUUUCGAUCGAUUUCAUGGGUUUCUGGGUCUUCCUGUUGAGUUUGAAGUUGAAAUCCCAUGUAGAGUACCAAGUGCCAGCGUCAGCGUGUUUGGCGUAUCUGCAGAGUCAAUGCAGUGUUCUUAUGAUACAAGGGGCAACAGUGUCCCAACUAUUCUCUUGUUAAUGCAAGAACGUCUAUACUCGCAAGAUGGUCUUAAGGCUGAAGGAAUCUUUCGAAUUAACCCAGAGAAUAGCCAGGAGGAACAUGUAAGGGACCAGCUAAAUAGAGGCAUCGUGCCUGAAGACAUCGAUGUUCAUUGUUUGGCUGGUCUCAUCAAAGCCUGGUUCCGAGAACUGCCAUCAGGUGUGCUGGAUGGGCUUUCACCAGAACAGGUUUUGCAAUGCAACAUGGAGGAGGAAUUCGUUGAGCUUGUGAAACAGCUUAAACCAACUGAGACUGCAUUGCUUAACUGGGCAAUUGAUCUGAUGGCUGAUGUUGUUGAACAUGAGGAAUCCAACAAAAUGAAUGCCAGAAAUAUUGCAAUGGUUUUCGCUCCAAACAUGACCCAGAUGUCUGAUCCAUUGACAGCUCUCAUGCACGCUGUUCAAGUGAUGAACUUGCUGAAGACCCUGAUCAUGAAAACACUACGAGAGCGUGGAGAAGCAGAAGAUGGAGAAUAUUCACCCAUGUCAUCUCGUUCUUCUGGCAGACAAACUGAUGAGGAAUUCGACUCCCAACAAGAUAUGGAUACUAGCUGUGAAUCAGCAGGACCAGCAUCAGAUGAUGACGAUGCUGAUGAGCAACAUCGCUACAGCUACAGCAGUGAAGAGAGAGAUGAAGUCGAGUCAUUGAGUGAGAUAGAAGAAAGCUUCUUGCGACAGUUGGAUGAGAAUGAGCAUGCUAAAAAUGACUUCAGGAAGCAGUUAGAAGGAAUAUUGUGCAGAGAACAUGUUAUUUCCACAACUGUAUCUACCGAAAAUGGAGAUUCUUCUGUUUCAUUUUCUGACAGUAAAAUUGAAACUUCUGGCAUGAGCACUAGCGAUGGUGAAGACUCAAGAGACACUUCUGUUACACUGGGGUAUAAAGUGGAGUCAAAGAUAUCAACUGGAGCAUGUGGAAGCAUGGAGGAUAACGAUAUGUUAGACAUAAACAUGGUAGAAUCUGCUGUUCCUGUGCAGUAGGUUAUAGAAUGACUGCUUUUGAAUAUUUCAUUUUUAGGAGUCUUGGAUUUCUCUGUUGUUAGUGAUCUGAUGGUUGUUUAUGUAAAGUGUUUGUAGGCCUUGGGAUAUACACAAAAUGGUUUGCUUGUGAUUGACUUGUGAAUCACUGUGUUCAGCAUUGGCUGAACUUGUGCUUGAUUUAUUUUCUUUCUUUUACUAGCUUAAAGGAUCUCUAACAUUGACCAACAUCAAUGGUGUAAGAAAAGGUUUAUUGGUGAAGAUUGAAAAAGAAAGG